AGCAUCGUUGUGUAAUGGCGUCGUAAUGGAGCAGCAGGCUAUGGAGAACUUACCCUUGGAAGUUUUGGCAAAAAUUUUAAGUUUUUUGUAUGGGCCUGACAUCGCACAUGCAUCACAAGUUUGCAGAUCAUUCUAUGAAGCCAGUCAAAUUGAGAAAGUUUGGCGAACGCGCUGUGACAAAGAGUUCUCAGUGAAAUCAAAGAGCAUAAACAACUUCUCCUUCCGAGACGUUUAUUCAAAACUGCUGCAUAAGUACAGAUUUUUUCUUGGACUUUGGCAACCUCAAGUUUCCUCCUAUGGAGGCCUGUUCCAAGUCACUUUCGACCCUUCAUCGGCUUCUAUUGUCGGUCGUGAGCUGUUGCCCCCCAGAGACCCUUAUAUUACAGAUCCUCUAAGAAAGAAAGUUCUUUUCUCUAUUGUCCUAUGCCAGAGGCGUAGGGCACAAGUCAGGUGUGUUGGCGGAUAUAAUGGACCUCAUGCUGCAGUUCUUCAAGAGAUCUCCAGAGAUGAGUUUGCGUUCAAGUGCUGCGUCACUGAGUGCCACAAACAUCCAAACGGAAAACACCAGGAACUAAGGGACUGGCUGCACGAGGAAGCAUCAGUGUCACUUGACAUGCAGCAAUUCCCGCAAAGCCACGAGUUGUUGCUUAUGAAGUUUCUUAUCUUGAGGCAGUAUGACUACUCAUUUCAGUAUCAAAGGGUUCAGCUCCAAGCACCGCUUCCCAAUGUACCACUACAGCCAGGGAUUUUCAAGGGCACCUAUGGAACACAUGGCCUUGAGCUGAUUCAGUUGGAAUAUGUUGACCACUGCACAAAGCUACGGGCCUCAAAGCUCUCUGGAGACCCCAAUGUGCCAUCAGGACAGGUGACAUUUGAGGUCGUGCUGCAGUACUGGAUGACUCUCACAGCAGAGCAACAGGUAUCCAUUGCAGACUUGGAUUCCAUAGAGGUGGUAGCGGCAGAAGAUAACCAUCCAAAUCUGAGUCGUUCACAGCCCUUUUAUGUUCCUAUGGAUUGCCAUCUGCGCUUUCAAGAAAUACCAAGGACUUGUCUGGCAAGGUACCAUGGUCUGGGACAGGUUGCUGGUCAUGGAUUCACGAACCCUUCCUUCUCUCGGGGCCACUGGAUUGUCUUUAACGAGAACUUGUUUGGAUUCUUGUGGCUGGAGCUACUUUCACUCAGCGUGUAUCAUCGGGUCACGGAAAGUUUGAGCUAAGUGAAUUGUGUGGGAUGAGGGCUUUCCUCUGUUCUUUGGUACGUGAGCAGGAGCAUCAGUGCCAAACAUUGUGCAAUGUAUUCAUCUUUGCACCUAUCUCUCAAUCACACUUUGUGUUUUAAGCAUUGCUUGUGCUGGAGUUUCGACGCUAGUAAAAUGUAUUUACGCACC